AUGAGUGAUCAACAGAGAAGAUUUGUUCUCCGUUGGGGAGUGGUCGGCCUCGGAGCAUUUUCAGCCAAAUGGAUAAACGAUGUGUUUUCUAAUUAUCAAAGAGAUGCGAUAAAUGGAGCAGCAGUCACCCAUGAGCUCAAAGCAAUUGUUUCUAGCACUUCUCUCUCGAAAGCCAAAAAGUUUCUGGACUUGAUCGACACGAGCAUUGCUGGGACACCAAAACUUUAUGAUUCAUAUGAUGAGUUUUUACAUGAUGAUGAAAUUGAUAUUGUCUAUAUAGCAGCGCCAAAUAGCUUUCAUUAUCCUUUGGCUCAAGCAGCUCUUCAGGCCGGAAAACAUAUUCUGGUUGAGAAGACUUUCACGAUUAAUCAUGAACAAGCAUAUGAGUUGCAAAAGCUUGCUGCAGAUAGGCAACUAUUUGUUCUACAUGGUGUCUGGACUAGGUUCUUGCCAACUACUAAAUAUAUCGAAAAAUUGGUCUUGGAGAAUGGCGUGAUAGGACAGGUCACUCGAGUUCAAGCGGAUUUGAGUCACGAUUGCCCAUUCGUUGCUGAGAAUCGACUAUUCAAUCCUGAACUUGGUGGAGGAGUGUUAUUUGAUAAUAUCAUAUACUCUUUCACCUGGGUUGAUCUUCUCCUCCUUUCUCAGUCGAAAAGUGCUCCCAGAAUCAACAGCUGGUCAAUUCUAUCCAAGAUCGUACCAAAUAUUGAUAUUUCGUCCUCCAUAACACUUGUGUUUGAUGAUCUAGAAGCCACCGGUACUGCUACUGGCUCGUUCCUUCAAGAGUCUCCUAAAUAUAGUGUCUUGAUAGAGGGAAAAAGGGGGUCCAUCUCGAUAGAUCGAGCAUCUCGACCAACAAAAGCUGUUAUAACUAGAGCUGAUUCAUCUGAAGACUCAAUAGUUGAACUGCCCUUGAUUGACGGAUUGGGUUACUACUACGAGGCAAAUGCAGCUGCUGUUUCGAUUAGGGACAAACUACUUGAACCAGCUGAAUAUUCUUUUGCUCAAACUAUCAGGACCCUCGAGAUAUUUGAUCAGGUGAAAACUAAAAACGGAAUCACUUAUCCGACUUCUAUUGAAAGAAUUUGA